AUGCAUCGGUUUGCUGUGGUCAGCUCUGGUGUGUUGCGGUUUGCAGCUGUCGGCUCUGAUUUGCUGUGCCCCACUGGGAUGCCUGAGGACGUGUCUCUCACGCAUGGGCUAGAGAGGAGCCCGGAAUUCGGGAGGCGUGGGCCAGGGAUCAGCCCAGAGAUUGGGACGCAUGGGCAGGAAGUUAGCUCGGAAAUUGGAAAGCGUGGGCCUGGGCGUGGAUAUGCGGCAUUAGCUGAGGAGGAGUCUGGGCCGGGAUGGGCGCAAGGACAGGGCGUGAGGGGCAUUGGGGAGGGAGGGGUGGGGACUGGACGGGCCGGUAGCGGCGUGGGGGCGGUUGAGCGGGCGUUGGCGGAAAUGGAAGGGAAAGGUGCGCCGACAGGGGAAGAUGUGCCUGCAGGGGAACGUGGGGGGGUGAUGGGAAGAGGUGUAAUGGAAGGUCGUGGAAUGGAGGGGCGUGGAAUUAGGGAUGUUGGGACAGAGCAGCGUGGGAUGGGAAGCAGUGGGAUGGGUCAGACCAUUGGGGUUGGGCAGUUUGAGCAUGGGAGCGAGAGGGCGAGGGAGGUGGCAGAGGAAGGGGAGGGUGUUUUGAAGGGUGCGUAUGGGCAGGUGAAGGUAGGUGUGGGGAAGGCUGUGGAGGGGGCUGAAGGGCUGGUGACUAAAACGGGCGAGCAGGGCAUGAGGAUGGGGCAGGGUGUGAUUGAAACGGGGGAGAGUAUGGCGAAGAUGGGCCUGAGUGCUGCUGAGCGGGCUGCUGAGACAGGAGUGGGUGUGGCGAAGGGGGUUGCGGGUACAGGGUGUAGGGUUGCUGAGAGCGCCUUCGAAACUGGGAAGGGGUUAGGGGAGAAGGCUGUAGAGGCAGGGAAGGAGGUGGGGGGGAGGGUGGUGGAAACGGCAGGGAGGUGGGUUCCUGGAAUGCCGUUUGGGGAGCAGGGAGAGGAGAGGACAGGAGAGGCGUUUGAGAGGGGGAGGGAAACUGUUCGGAGUGUAGGAGAGAGGGUGGAAGAAGGGGUGAGAGGGGUGGUUGGGAGCGGUGUUAGGACUGCUGAGACUGCUGGGAGGUGGGUGACGGGCGUGGGAAGGCCAGGUGUGAGUGAGGAGGGGAGAGGCGGGGUGAGUGGAGGGAAAGCUUGUGUGAGUGAAAUGGGUGGUGCUGGUGGGGAGGGGUUGGAGGAGGGGGCAUAUGAGAGGGGCAAGGAGGCUGUGAAGGGAGGGCUGGGACAGGUGGCGAGGCAGGUGAGGGGUGUAGCUGGCAUGGGCACUGCUAGUGAGGCUGCUGGUGGGGAGAGUGGGUGGGGAGGGGCAGGUGAGCGGGGUGAGCAGGCCGAGCGUGAAAUGCGGGCUAAGGAGCAAGAACUCCCCCAAUCCGGCCGUCCGGAAAUGACAGCAACAACAGGGAAAGACACGCUCCCGCAGAAAGCCUACCAAGCAGCACAGGAGGGGGCGGAAAUCACGAGGCAGCAAGCAGGGGAGAUGGCUGGUCAAGCAGGAGAGAUGGCCGGUCAAGCAGGGGAGGUGGCUGGUCGUGUGCCGGAGAAAGGAAAGGAGCUGGGGGAAAAGGCGCUAGAGGUGGUGCAGGAAGCAGGCCAGGUGGGGAUGCAGCAAGCUAAGGAGGCUGGUUCGGUUGCUAGCCAGGUGAUUCAUCAGGCGUACCGCAAGUGGAUGGGUGCUGUGGAGGAGGAGGGCGAUGAGGAGGAGGAAGAGGAGGGGAAGGGAGUGGGAAUGGGAGGUGUGGGGGCGGCAGGAGAGGGAGGAGGGGCUUCUAUGGAGGGAGUGACAGGAAUGCUUGCAGCUGGGUACCGCCAGGCCAAGCAGGCAGCGCAGGCAGGGCUGCAGUCAGGGCAGCAGCUAGCUGGCGGGGCAGUGCAGCAGGCGAAGCACAUCGCUGCGCCUGUGAUCCCAGGCCUAGAGUCAUCCACAACUUCAGGGGCAGGAGGCUCGGCAGUGCAAACCCGUGUAGCUGCUGCUGCUGGCCCUGGUGCUGCUGGUGCUGCUGGUGCUGCUGGUGCUGCUGGUGCUGCUGCUGGUGCUGGUGGUGCUGGUGGUGCUGGUGCUGCUGCUGGUGCUGGUGGUGCGGGUGGUGCGGGUGCUUGGGGUGAGGGGGGUGUGGUGGAGCGAGGGGGUAAGGCGUUUGAGGCAGGAAAGGAGUAUCGCCAGGCGAGGGAUGUAGCACAAGCAGGGCUGCAGUCAGGGCAGCAGGUGGCAGGAGGGGUGGUGCAGCAGGCGAAGCACCUCGUUUCUCCCAUCCUCCCUGGUGGGGCAAGUGGUACGGGAGAAGGAACUGGUUCGACUGGUGUGAUGGGGCGAGAGGGAGGUGCAGAGCGGGAGGAGCGUGGGCAGCAGCUAGGUGGUGGGGUAGUGCAGCAAAUGAAGCACCUCGUUUCUCCCAUCCUCCCUGGUGGGGCCAGUGGAAUGGGUGUGAGUGGUGUAAUGGGGCGAGGAACAGGUGAGGAGCGUGAGCAGCGGGAGGCGUGUGCAUAUGAAGCAGGAACACCUGCAGGAGUAGGAGCAGGAACACCUGCAGGAGUUGAAACUGGAGAUCAAACGGGGGUUGAAACUCGGUCUGCUGGUGCUGGUAUCCCGGGGGCAGGGCUCGUGACGGGUGUUGCUGACGUGGCACAGCGGUUUGUGGGGACUACUGCAGAUACGGCAAGAGGUAUGGCAGGAACAUUAGGAGAUAUGACAAGCAGGACGGUGGGAGCCACAACGGAAACAGCGAGAGGUGUGGUUGGGAAGAUGGUGGGGAUGGGGGAGGAGGUGGCUGGAAGGGGGUAUGGAGCGGUUGAGGGGACGGUUGGAGGGGUGGUGCAGGGUGUGAGGCGGAUGACUGGGCUAGGAGGAGAGGGGGGGGAGGUGGAGGGGGCGAUGGGGAGGGAGGGAGUGGGCAUGGGCGAGGGUGGGAUAGAGGGGGUGGGUAGGGGAGAGGGUGGGAGGGAGGGUGUUAUGGGUACAGUUAAGGGUGUUGGGGAGCAAGUGAAACAUUUGGUGCUGGGAGGAGAGGAAGGUGGGAUGAUGGAGGAAGGUGGGAUGAUGGAGCAGAUGGAGCGAGAGAGGGAGGAGGAGAGUCCGAGGGAGAGGGGUAGAAAGCAGGCGUAUGCGGUUCUGCACGGUGCAGAGGAGUGGGUGGAGGGGACUGUGAGCCGUGUGGCUGGGGUGCUGACUGGGGGACUGCUGGGGGGGAAGGGGCAUGGGGAGAGGGCAGGGGUCGGUGCGGCUGGUACUGAGGAGAUGAGGGAGAGGGAAGGUGGGGAGGGAAUGGGGACGAAGAUGCAGGGAUUUGUGCAGGGCGGAGGUAUGGGGGGAGAGAUGGGGGAAGGCGUGGGGGGAAGGGGAAGGGGAGUUACUGGGGGUGGGGUGGGGGUAGAGGAGGAAGUUUCUGGGAAGCCUGUGGAGGCGAGCAAGGGAAUUUUGGGCAGUGCAGUAGGGGCAGUGCAGAGCGUGGUGGGAGGUACUGCUGACGUGGCUAAGCAUGCUGCUGAGUCAGCACUGGGAGCGACCAAGGCUGUGGGGGGAGCAGUGGUGGGGGCUGGGGGGAGUGCGCUGGGGAUGGGGCAGAGGGGGGUGCAGCAGGGGGUUGAAGGGGUGGGGAGUGGUAUUGAGUAUGGAAAGGAGAGCCUGGCGACAGGGUAUGAGGGAGCAAAGCAGGGUGUGCAGAGUGGAUAUGAAGGGGUGAAGCACGGUGUGCAGAGUGGAUAUGAAGGGGCGACUGGGGGAGUGACAGGGCUGGUGGAACGGGCGAAGCACCUGGUGGGGUUUGGAGGGGCGCACGGUGAAAAGGGGGUGGAAGAGGGAAUGGGUGAGACAAUGGGGGAGGUGAUGGGAGGUAGGGGAACGGAGGAGGAGGAGAGUGCUGCGGAGAAGGGCAGGCAUGCUGUGCUGUCAGUGCUGGAAGGAGCAGAGAGGAGGGUGCUGGGCGCUGUUAGCACUGUCACUGGAGGGCUCAUUGGUGGGGGAGGGGGUGAGCAUGCAGGGGGGGAGCGAGCCUCUGCUACUGGUGUUGGUAGUGUUCGCACUGCUGCUGGUGCUGGUGCUGGUGGUGGUGGUGGGAGUGGGGGCGUGGCAAGGCAGGGGGCAGCAGCAGGGAUGCCUAUGUCUGCAGCAGGGGAGGGGGAGGCAGGAGCAGUGAUGGCUGGGCCAGGGGGGAAGGUGGCAGCAGUGGGGCGACCGGAAGCAGUGGAGGAGGCAGCACGGCCGGUCAUGGAGCCAGGCGCGUGA